UACAAUCUAAGUCUCAUCGCACGACGCUUAUGCGAUGUUCGAUUAUCAUAAAUAGUUUUGGGAUACAGAAGAGUGGAUCAUUAGGAUAUUUUCAAAGAGAAAGAUACCGAAGGCUUCGAAUAGGAUAAAAAGCAGUGACCGCGGUGGAUUUUGAUCGCGAGAAUAGGGGUGGAAGAGGAUGGUACAGAAUAAAAUAAUAAAGCUGAAGCAGUGAUCGAGGAUGUCUUUCGACAAUGUGAUCGUGGCCGUAGGAGGAUUUGGGCGAUAUCAAAGAAGGAUUUACCUCCUUUUAUGCAUACCUCCGAUGUUUGCUGCCUUCCAUUCAAUGUCUGGAGUAUUUUUGGCAGCCCAACCAUCUUUCAGGUGCUUGAGUCCUGGGGAAAACCCCGAAAAUGCCACGUUCGAUUUACCACCAAACAUUUCUGCUGCAGCCUUUCCGUGGGAUAACGAUACCGAAAGUUGGUCUAAGUGUGAAAUGUAUGAUCUUGAUAUUCAGGAUCAGACCGAGGAUGUGCGUCCGUCAUUAUCCCCAACAGGGGCACCCGUUGUCAAAUGUGAUUCAUUUCUGUACGAUAAAUCUAUUUUUAAGAAUACUAUCACGUCGGAGUUCAAUUUAAUUUGCAAUAGAGCAUGGUUGAGAGCUUUGGCUGACUCACUUUUGGUGGUGGGAAUGAUGGCAGGAGCGAUGGUUUUCGGCGGAUUAGCUGACCGAUAUGGACGAAAGCCAAUCAUUUGCUUGUGUGCAGUGAUUCAACUUACGGGAGCGUUACUAGCCUCUGUGGCUCCAGAAAUAUUUUCAUUUAUGAUCUUCAGGUCUAUCGUGACAUCAACUGAAAAUGGCUUACUCGUCAUAACCGUCGUUAGCGCGCUCGAAAUGCUGGUCUCAGAGAAAAGAUUACUGGCUGGCAUUGGCAUUCAGAUAUUUUACUCCUUUGGAUAUAUUUCGGUUGCUUUGUUUGCUUACUUUAUCAGGGAUUGGAGAUUUCUGCAGGCCGCUCUCGCCGUUCCUAGCUUUGGACUGCUCACGUACUGGUGGUUGAUUCCUGAAUCUGCUCGAUGGCUUUUUUCCAAUGGCCGCAGGGAAGAAGCAAAAGAAAUACUCCUCAAAGCUUCUUCAGAAAAUGGAAUAAAAUCAUCCCAUAAUCAUCUGGACGAUAUCUUGAAUGAGAUUUGUACCAUUAACAAGCCAUCUGAAUCGGAAAAGACGUCGGUAGUUCAACUUUUCAAGUAUCCAAAUCUGAGACGAAAGACCAUUUUACUUUCCAUUAAUUGGUUCGUAAUCACAAGUGCAUAUUACGGACUGUCUUGGAACUCGGGCAACCUGGGUGGAGACCUGUAUCUAAAUUUUGCGCUCGUAGCCCUCGUGGAAUUGCCUGGCCACAUGCUGCCAUAUUUUACGAUGGAUAGGUGGGGAAGAAAGAUCAUGUUAUGCGGAUGCAUGUUUUUGGCCGGGGUGGUUUUACUUCUCGCGCAAUUCGUUCCAAGUCACAUGAUCUGGCCAAAGGUACUCUUGACAAUGCUAGGCAAGUUUGCGAUCACAGCGGCAUACGAUGUGAUCAUCAUCUUUGCGGCAGAACAGUAUCCAACUGUACUGAGGAAUACCGGCGUCGGGGCUUGCGCUACAUACGCGACGAUAGGCGCAAUCUUAGCUCCCUAUGUUAACUAUUCGUCUGUAGUUUGGAACUCACUGCCAUUUGUUAUCUUUGGUACCGCUGCAAUAAUGGCCGGUGUGCUGGCCCUUCGUUUACCAGAAACGUUGAACCAAAUAUUGCCGGACACGAUAGAAGAUGGAGAACGGUUCGGGAGCCCAAACUACUCCGAACAGUGCGCGCAUUACAAGACGAGGUCGGAUGAGACGAAGAGCCUGCAGGAAAAUGAAAAAAUUUGAAUGCACCUUUUUUGAUAAUCCACGGACAUUAAAUGAACAGAAGCGGAUCUGAUGUGGAUGUUGAUGAAGAUAACAAAAAGCUUAAAUGUACAACCAAAGUGCUUGGGUUCCACCGAGUUGGGACCGAGACGUAUCUUCAGUCAAAGUCGAAAGAAGAACCACACUAUUCUGGCCCGAACAUUAAAUUGCCGAUAAAUGUAGAACCGAUUAGGUACGUUUCAGUGAAUGCAUGUAUGAAUGUAUUUAUCACGUAUUCACAAACUGAUAAGUAUCAUAUACCUGCUUGAUAUCAUACAGUUAUUUUUUAUUGUAUUUCGCGCGACGAAGUUCUUCGUUUCAGUGGAAACCCCUAAUGACUGAAGCUAUUAAUUCUAUAAUUAUUGUCUGCAUGAUUAUGUUUAUUAAUUUCAAUUUCGACCGUAGAAUAUAUGAUACAUGUGAUGAUA